GAAAUCACGUGAAUGUUACAAACAAAACUUACGCACGUUUUGAUUUUUGUUGCUAACGUUAAGUGUAUUUUCGUGAAAAUGCGAAUUUUAUUCGAUUUUUAUGCAAUCUUUUAUAGUUGUUAACAUAUUGUCAUUAUGACAUGAAGCUGUUUAAAUUUUAGAGAGUGGAAUCAUUCAGAAAUUUAAAAAAUAUGAAUGCUGUUGUUGCACUUUGUCACUUCUGUGAGCUACAUGGCCCUAGUAUCCUUUUUUGUACUCAAGCUUUCAGAGACCCUGAAGAAUUAUCUUGGGGUGUGAAGGAAACCCCAAUUCCUAAGCCUUAUUAUGGUCCACGUGAACUGCUGGCUCGAGUAUCGAUAUCUGGAUGUGGGGCUUCUACACCAUCUAAAUGUUCAGAUACAUGUGAAGGAUGUACAUCAGUAACCAGUAGUCAGCGAGGAUAUAUAUGCAAUGACCAUGAAGCAAGAGUCAGCUUUAUUAGUAGUCAGUUUCCACUUCACCCAGAUGUAUUUAGUAUUGUUCGACAAGCUUGUGUAAGAAGUUUAAGUUGUGAGGUGUGUCCAGGUAGAGAAGGACCAAUCUUUUUUGGUGAUGACCACAGAGGUCACGUUCUCAGCCAUACUUUCUUCAUGAAAGACAGCCAAGCUCGUGGUUUUCAGCGGUGGUAUAGUAUUAUUAUUGUUAUGAAUGACAAGAUAUUUCUCCUUAAUUCCUGGCAGUUUUUGGUGAAGCAUCUACAGCUGAUUAUCCAAGAACUUCAAGAAAGAGCUAAUAAGGUUUAUGACAUGGAGCAGUCUGAAAACCCUCAACGAGCUGUUCGACUGAACAGUGUCACAAGGACAACCCCUGACAAUUUUCGUAGACAACGAGGAAAUGCCAAAGCUCGUUCGCUAAAAGAUUUAACCAAUGAUAAAGAAGUCUUUAUUCGCUUACAUCUUUGGUUCACAUGGUUGCUCAGAGCUGGAGCAAAUAGAUUAACAGAAAGAUUGUUGGAAGGAUUGCCAUGUGAAGACACUGUUGUUGAUCUGGAGAGACAAGAAGAGACAGAAGAGGGAUUUGUUGAAGUUCACACCAAAAAAGUUCCAAUGUCUUAUGUUAAAGUUCAAACAGCAAGUGUAAGCUGUGGUAUUACAAGUGAAAGUGACCUUGCUCCAGAUGAUAGUCCUUGUGUAAAAAGUCUUCAAGAUCUUGUGGAGAUCUUAGGGAAAGAGAAAUUUCACACACUUGCUUACAACAUAGUGAUUGGCAAUCAAUUAAUUUUCAGAGGAAAACCUCGGUCUCUUAUUUCAUCUGUUAUUUUGUGCCUCAAGGAUCUACUUCCAAGAGGAUGUUUUCAUCCCGUGCUGAACAGUAACAUUUAUGAAGAUUCAUGGAAAUGUAACGUUUUGAGUCUUAAUGAGGAAGUUCAAAUCCCUUCUCACGUCUUGUCCUCUAGUUUACACCUUUGCAUAAAUGUUUGUAUAAAUUCAUCACAGAAGGAUUCUUCAAGCAGAAAUAUUGGGGAUUAUGAGUUCACUUUGCACUUCAAUGGAAAACUACCAGAAAAAAUUCCUCAAGUACUCACCGAAAUGGAAAGGGCCAUACAGAAUCCUACAUUUUCAAAAUCUUCCUUGGAAACAUUUCUGUUCACCAUCAAAGAAGUCUGGAUGAACAAAGUGAAGGUCUUGUUCACAUUUUCACGUGCUGGUCAGAGGUCAUCAGAAGAGGCCAAUAAACUACUUCAGGUUCUAGGAGCUUAUGACUAUGAUAAAGAACUUUUGAAGUUUUGGAUGACAGGUCUCAGUAUGCACUACAAGACCCAUGUUUUGUCUGCUUCUAUCCAGCAAGGUGCAGGUCAUGAAGGACCUGUCUACUGAUGGACACAUCUUGAGUUGGUGCCUUGGAUUAGAAUUGUCAUAUUGUAAGCAUUAUCAUCAGAAGAUAUUGGAUUAAAAUAGAACUGGCUAACUGAUAUCAUGAAGAAUUGGUAUUUUCAAGUAGAAAGGAUAGAUCAGUGCUAAUAACUUGCAAUAACUACAGUAAUUUUAAGUUAUUAUGUAGAGGUAAUUGAAAUAACAGAAUUAUCUAGAAAGUGAGGAAUUUCGGUUACUUUUCUUCUUCACACAGAAUAAGGCUGCAAUACCAGCACAGUCUGUUGAUAUCCUAAAGGCAAAGUUUUCCCUAGCAUAGUACAACUUGAAACUUUUUUACACCACAGGGUAUGAUUAUACUGGAUUUCAACACAGUAUUGUAUUAUCUCUGUUGGUUAUAAAUAUCCACAUCUUGUACUGUUUUAUUGGGGUAUCUGUAAUUAUGAAAAACUAUUUUAAGUAGUUUUCAAGUUAUUGUACUUGUUUGUAAUCAAAACCAUUAAAUGAAUAUCUGUUAAACAAUCUUAAUGUGUGAAUAUAUAUAUAUAUACACACAUCCAAAUAUAAAAUGUCAUAAAAUAAACAUAAAAAUGAAGGAUGUGACGAUGUCAAAACUUUACAAAAUGUCAAGUACCAUACAAGCAGUUGCACCUUCACAUGUCCAGGAAAUAAUAGGGAUAGAACAUACAUUAUGCUUUCAAACUUGACUUGGAGUUAUAUGCAUUUUGCUUAUCCCUGCAUGGAUGCCAUGUUGUUAUUGAUGCAACUGACUUGCCACCUGGUGAUGAGAAACUUGAUAACAUUAGUUACAGCACCUUUGAAUUCAUAAUUUUUCAUUUGUGAUGUUUUAUUUUUGGAUGAAUAAUUUUUUUGUUCACCCAGUAUAUUUAAAAAAAAAAAAGGUGUCCUUGUGAGCAAUCAAUUUUAUUCUUUCCUGUGAUUGAAAAAGCUUCACUAGGAUUGAUUACAUUAUAAUGUGAACACAAAAAAGAAAGUAAGGUUGAAUGUUAUCAUUAUGCUAGUUAAAGACAAAAAUAAGUUAUCAAAUAUUUUAGUAUGUGUAUUGGCUGAAAUAUAUGAUUUUAUGCACAUGUACAUGUGACAGGUAGUCUGAGUUUGGCAAAAAACUUAAUUGGUUUAGGUAUAUAGUCCAUUACUCACCAGUAAUAUCCUAAAAUAUGUGUUUGAUUAACAUGUAACAUACCAUCACAAUUAAUUAUCCAUUAUUAUUUAGUGAAUUAACUGCUUAUUUAUUUAUUUAGUAUUACAUGAGGCCUACUUUGUUUAUUUGCUUCAAUUUUCCAAGCAUCACUGAUGAUGAUGACCAUGAAUCUUCCAAAACCAACUUGUUGCAGUGAGAGUAGCAAGUCAAAGAAUAGAGUAGAGCUCUGCUUCGUCUUUUCUUCAUUGAAAUUCAUGUGUGAUGCAGAAAAGAAAUAAACAAAGAACUUAAUUAUAAAUUGACCUGGAAGGGUCAAAUGGAUGUUUCUAGACUGUAAAAAUAAAGAUUCUUUGUGUAAGAUACAAACUACACUAUUUUGAUUUUAAAUAAAUUCAUAAUAAUAAGACCCUUUUUUUCGUGGUUUCCUGUAAAUUUUAAAGUUAAUAAGUAUCUCAAAUGCCUUUCAGCUGGAGUUCACAAAUAAUGUAUGACUGUUAGUAUAGUUAGUAUUUUGAAUCUUGAACUGUUGUCACAUAUAACAGUUUUGCGACUAUAUCUGUUGGGUCACCUUUUGAGAGCAAUAUUUUUCAUGAUCACUAAUGUCAUGUUUUACCUUUUACUGGUGUAAAUAUCCUGUAAAUUCAAUUAUUUAAGAACAGAACAUUUAUCUAAUAUGAGGUUAACAUUUAAUAAAAUCCGAUCUCAGACAACCCAGGUAAUAGAAAGUGUUCCUUAAACAAGCUCCUACAUUUUAUUUUCUGGAAUUAAGAGAGAGUUUCCAUUUUUAAUUGGAGUUGAAAUGAGUUUGUCCUCUGCCUUUUAAUGAGCUUUUACUAAUAUUACAAGUACAAUUUAAAUUUUUGUGUAGUAUGAAGUAGUUAUUUUGUAUAUAGUUUUCAAAAAUAUAUUUCUGUAAUAAAUUUUUCAAGAGUUGUUUAAAAGAAUAUGCUAUCAGUUGUUUUAUAUAUAUAUAUAUAUAUGAUUUAACUAACUACAGAAUGGGUAAUUAUUUAAAUACAUGCAGAUAAAUUGUGGUUUCUUUAGGAUGUUAGAAUGUUCAAGAAGUAGAUAAUGUAGAUUACAGUCUUCACUAGUAAUUCAAAGAAAUGAGGAAUAACAAUUAUGUAGUCAAUGUUUUGGGUGAUUAUUUGUUUUUUUUUCUACAAAACAUUGACUGCACAACUGUUACUUUUCUUCUCUUUAAUGAUCUUAACCAUUUAAUUUUUAUUUUAAGAUUUUAUCAUGAUGUUGUUGCAUUUGUUUAUUGUUUGUAUUAAAAUACUUGGAAUAGAUUUUUAACAGGGAACCAUAUGUAUUUAUCUGUUUGAUUUUGAAUAUAAAUACAAUGUGCAAAUGAUUUUGUUACUUAUUUAUGUAUUACAUUAAGUUAUUUAGUCUUACACAGGUGGAUUUAUAACAUAAGAAAGUAUAGACGUUGAGUGCAUUCAUUAUUUAUGAUUUAAAUCCUCUUCUAGUAAAUUCUGUUGGACAGGAUCAUUUUGUUAUGAUCUUAAAGAGAAAAAUAUUUUUGCUGUUAUCAUAUUUGAGAUCAAAGUACUGGAACACAUGGUUUUUAUACUUGUAAUAUCACACUGAUUGUACAUUAUGCUAAAUAAAUAGUUAUUUAAGUAGUACAUUCUUAAUAUUCUCUUCCUGACAAAAGAACUUAAGAUUGUCACUGAGUAUAAAUCUGUAUAUGAUAGUACAGUUUACGUAAUAUUGUUUUCUACUCAUACUGCAUUAAUUGUGGCCAUUUAUGUAAGUUUUAUGUAUUGUUUAUCUCUUCCAAUAUCUUUAUGUAAUUCCUUAUCCACAAUCGUGAUUAUCAUAAUAACGACAGUUAUUAGGGUUAACGAAUAAUUACUUGUGGAUUUUUUUAAAUCUUGAUAAGACGGAGUUCAGCUGAUCAGUAUAAGAAUAUGUGUAAUGGAUUGUAAAGAAUGACGUUUGAGAAAGAAAAUUUGAAGAUGAGAUUAAAAAUAUCACGUGUUUAAUGAAGUAUAUUUAAUAAACAAGGUUAGAAUUCGGUACUGUUAUUGAAUGACAAUGAACUUCAUUUUCAGUAUAAUUUAUUUCAAAGUACGUUUAUCAUUAAUUCGAACUCUUUUUUAAGAAUAAAGGUGUAUGUGCUCAAGUAAAAUCCACAUUAUUUACCCAUUAUUAUGAAAUCGGUAAUAAAAGACCUGAGAUAAAAACA